AGAUGUGGGCUUAGAAAAGCAGGAGAAGUUGUGGGGUGGUUGUGGCAGGAGAAAGAAGCCCCCAGGGCAGUGCAAGCAGGCCCCCCUGGGCUUGCACAUCAUCUGCCCUCCCUGCAGGUUCCUGUGCUGGAGAGCAGGCCCUGAGGUGUCCCUGAGCAAUGGCCCGGAGGUGAGCCCAGAGGUGGCCCUGAGGUGUCCCUGAGAAGAAUUGGAAGGCAGAGGUGGUGCUGAGGCAGGAGAGCCCCGUGCUGGGGAAGAGGCUGAGCUGGGAGUGCCCAGCAGCGAGAAGGUGCUGUGUGCAUGCCCUGUGUGCCAGGAUUUGUCCUUCCCAAAGCUUGAACAGAUGGAGGAGGAGGCUGCGAGGAAGACGAAAAAGCCACGGGCCCCCCAGGCAGGCCCCGAGCUGAGGAUGGAGAGCAUGGAGGACAAAUCCCCCCAGCAGAGCCUGCUGGGAGAGGCCGUUUUGAAGGGCUCCCCGGCGCAGGAAGGCAGCGGGGAGGAAAAGGCCCGGAGAUGCCCCUGGAGGAGGGGCUGCAAAGCCAGCCCAGGGAGCUCUGAGGAGGAAAGACCUGUCCUGUGCCGGGAAGGCGGCCGGAGCUUGAGCCGGAGCUCUGAGCUGGUGGUCCCUGAGCAGCCUCCCAGCAGGGAGAAGCCCUUCGGGUGCUUGGAAUGUGGGAAGAGCUUCAGGAACAGCUCCGACCUCCUCAGGCACCAGCACAUCCACACUGGGGAACGGCCCUACACAUGUAGGGAAUGUGGGAAGAGCUUCAGGAGCAGCUCCAACCUGAUCCGACACCAGCACAUCCACACCGAGGACCCUACCGUGUGGGAAUACACCAACGGACCCACCAGUAAGGGAAGCCCCUACGAGUGCCCUGACUGCGGGAAGAGCUUCGGCCGCUGCUCCCACCCCGAAUGA